AUGAACAAUUGGCAACUUUCCUAUCAGUCACCAGAAGAUCUGACGUAUCAUUUAAAGAAGCCCUAUUUGCAGUAUGAUAAAAAGGAAAAGCAAGUAACAAAGGUAGUAUUUGAUACUGAGGCUAAUCUAAUAUGGGCCGGAGAUUCCUACGGACGCGUAUCAUCAUAUGAUCCGACAUAUUCACUUUAUACCAGACAUACGGCACAUAUAGGCUCAAUGCCUGUUGUUGACCUUUUAAGCAAUAAAAAUGGUAUUCUAUCACUAAGCUCCGAUUCUUUACAUUUCUCUAAUAGAAGGGGUGUCACUCAGAUGAGCUUAACUUCAGCGGAUAUCGCACAACUUUCCGAUAUGAAGACCAUGUGUUACUAUACCAAUAACCAAAAUCAAGUACUAUGUGCUGGUGGUAAUACAGCCAGUGGUAUAAUAUCUGUGGAUCUGAUAAAAGGAACACUAGCAUCAAGCACAUACUUUACUUCAAAGGUAAAGCACAUGUCCUCAAAUAACAAGCUUGUGGCAAUUGGUAAGCAAGCGGGAUCUAUAGAUUUAUUUGAUCCAGUCAGUAAUAGGGUGAUACAUUCUUUAUCGGGACACUCUGCAUCAAUUACCUCGAUGGAUUUCAAAGAUAAUACUUUGGUAACUGCGGGAAAAUCAAAAACGUUUGGCUACUUGCAGUCUGAUCAAUUCAUAAACGUUUACGAUGUGAGAAUAAUGAAGCAAUUACCGCCCAUCUCUUUUUCCAAAACGCCUAAUUUUGUGGGCAAUCACACAUCGUCCAAAUUUCCGAUAGGUGCGGACUUUUUACAAUUGCAUCCAGUGUUGCCAACGGUCGUGGCUGUUGCGUCUUCUUCGGGAAGUUUCGAUUUCAUAGAUUUGGUCAAUCCAAGCCUACGAACCCCAUACAUCCAUCCUUGCAAAUCUAUUAGCCAAUUCACGCUUUCUCCCAGUGGUGAUUAUCUUGCCUUUCUUGAAGAAGAAAGCAUGAUAAAUAUGUGGAACAGAUCAAACUCUAUGUCUGGAUUUACCAACUCUGCUGCAGUACUUGAAUACCAGGAUUACCCCGAAGACAGUUUCAUCCCAUAUAGAGUCGAAGUGGGUCAGGAAUCGUACCCUUUAAGUUCAAUUGGGCUACCCUAUUACUCAGAAACAUUGUUGUCGGCAUGGCCUCACACUGUAUUCAAAACUGAAGGAAUCAUAUCUAAAAAGAUUGAAGGAAGCAGUUCUUCAGAAACCGACAAUAAUUCUACGAAGAGUGUUAACAGGUCUCUUUCUCACUUGUCAAGCAGUAAGUAUUCAUUACAGCCGUACAACAAAUUCAAAUAUGGCCCUCGAAAUGUUAUAGAGCCUUAUAAGUCGCUAAGGGAAAGAAGAAAAAAAAUGGUAAGUACGACAGAAGAUAAUCAACAUAGGAAAGAACUACUAGAAUAUAAACCUUCCAAUAACAUUGAUAUCCCACCAGCAUACAGCAAAUUACAAAUGAUAUAUGGGAAGUUUGGAGUAAUGGAUUUCGAUUUUGGUGGAUUCAAUACAACUCAGUAUUCGGGAUUGGAAACAGAUAUUGACUGUGUUUAUAUCAAUGAAAUAAUCCAUUUGUACCGUUUCGUUCCUGAAGUUUACAACUUUGUAGUGAACUGUUUGGAAGAUGAACACAUUCAAGAAAAGUCUGUUUUGACCGAGCUUGGGUUUUUGUUUGAUAUGAUGACAAGAGCGAAUGGUAAAAUUUGCCGAGCAUCUAACUUUGUUGAUGUUCUUGAAUCAAUAUCAACGGCUAAUGAGCUGGGUUUAUUUACUGACGAAAUUUCAACUGUAUCAGGGCAUGCUGGCAAGCCCUCUUUAGAUGAAGGGAACUUAUCCUCUCACAUCUAUAACUUGAAUUUGUCAGUAGAUGCUGACGCAGAAGAAAUAAUGAAAAGGUCCUAUGGGAAAUAUAUGACUGUGGCUCAAAAGUUUAAUAUUUUCUUACUUGAUAGAUUAAUAUCAGAAGAAGUUGAAAGAAAGUUGCAUUCAACUGACGCGAUUGUGUUAGAAGAAUUAUUUGGGCUUAAUGUGGAUACUGAAAUUCACACAUUAUCUACCUGCGGAAAUUUCGUUCGCCAGCCACAUCUCGUGUCGUCUUUGGUAGUUUUAAGUCCGGCAAGCAACAACGUAAAAUAUAGCAAUAAGAAACUGAGUAACCAAACCAUUCUACCGUAUAUUGAAUCAUCCAUGUGCAGGUUCAAGCAAUUGACAGCAAGAUGUUCUAAAUGCGAGAAGUUGCAAAAUCAAGAAUACGAAAGCAUAGUCAGAAAUUUACCACCUUUACUUUCACUCAAUAUUUGUUUGUCACCAGAAGAAUGGACAACUGCUAAAACUGUUAAUGGAUGGUUGUCAAACCACUUUUUUGCCACAAUCUCUAAGGAUAGACCCAUCUUGAAACUUCAGGCCACUGACCUCAAGACGUCUAAUGCUAUCUUCAAGUACGAAUUAAUGUCCUAUGUCGCAAGAAUCACAGACGAUUUCGGUGAGGAGCAUUUGGUCACGUACGCUAAGAUCUUGGAUCAGAAAAUACAACAGUACAAGUGGUACAUGUUUAAUGACUUUUUGGUACAAGAAAUUGAUGAGGAUGAGGCUUUAAAUAUUUCGUACUGGUGGAAAACACCAGAAAUUGUUGUUUAUUCUGAUGCGGAAGAAAUCAGAAAGCCAUUUGUUUCAGUUUCGAAAUUAAAGGUUGACACAGACAUCCUAUAUCGUGACUAUUUCAGUGAGGGCAUUAGAAAAGACGUGAUAAGACAAUACAGACUAUUGACUAAAGAUGAAGCACCAGGACCGGGCACCUUAGUUGCCUUGGACGCGGAAUUCGUGUCUUUGACAGAACCGUACUUGGAAAUCAAUUGUAAAGGUAUGAAAACCUUGCUUAAACCAGCUAAGAAGUCUUUGGCUCGUGUAUCUUUGUUGAGAGGUGAAGGUGAGUUGGAAGGUGUUCCAUUCAUUGAUGACUAUAUUAUAAAUGAGUGUCAUAUCGAGGAUUAUCUAACCCAAUUCAGUGGUAUCGAGCCAGGAGACUUGGAUCCAAAACUGAGUAAAAAAAGUUUGGUUAAAAGACAAGUCUUUUACAGAAAAAUGUGGUUACUACUUCAAUUGGGAUGUGUUUUUGUAGGACAUGGAUUAACCAAUGAUUUCAGACAGAUCAAUAUAUAUGUCCCAGAAUCUCAAAUUAGAGACACGUCGUUGUAUUAUUUAAAAGGGAAAAGAUAUCUUUCUCUACGUUAUUUGGCGUUCGCGGUUUUGAGAAAACAGGUGCAAACAGGAAAUCAUGACUCCAUCGAAGACGCACAUACUGCGUUGUUACUUUAUAGAAAGUAUUUGGAGCUAAAGGAGAAGGGUGUAUUUGAAAUGUAUCUAGAGAACAUUUAUGAUGAAGGAAGAAAGUUCGGCUUCAAAGUUCCUGACACGAUUUGA